CUUCUCCCCCAGUCCAGUUCCCCACCCAAGAUCCAACGUCCUCUCUCCGUCUCCAUUCUCCAACCGAAUUCUCCUCCUCCCCUUCACCAUUUACGAACUGCUUUCAAUUUCUGCAGAUCCCAUUUUCAUAUUCUUCAAUACACCAUGAUCUCUUCACUACGCCUCACCACUCCCAAUUUCACUUCCUCUGAACUUUUCAACCGAAAAUCCCCGCUUCCCAGGCCGCAACUUCCUCAGCAAUCCCUCAAUCGCAGUGCCCUAAACCAUCAAUUUCUCGAUCGCUCUCUUUCCACCGGGAAACCGCUUUACAUCUCGUCCGUUGAGAAUCUUUCUUCGCCGCGUUCCACUGAGUGCAGGGCAUUUGAGGCCGACUCCCGCCCUCUUCACAUUAACAUCGAGCUUCCCGAUGAACGCGCCGCUCAGAAACUCAAAAUCGGCCUCUAUUUCGCCACUUGGUGGGCUUUGAACGUCGUCUUUAAUGUCUACAACAAGAAGGUUCUCAAUGCGUUUCCUUAUCCAUGGCUCACCUCCACCCUCUCCCUCACUGCUGGAUCGCUCAUCAUGCUCGUUUCCUGGGCCACCAGAAUGGCCCACCCGCCUAAAACCGAUUUCGAUUUCUGGAAAUCUCUAUUGCCGGUGGCAGUGGCGCAUACCAUUGGGCACGUCGCGGCAACUGUGAGCAUGUCCAAAGUGGCAGUUUCAUUCACUCACAUAAUAAAGAGCGGGGAGCCGGCUUUCAGUGUGUUGGUGUCCAGGUUUGUUCUGGGUGACGCGUUUCCAUUGCCUGUUUACUUAUCACUCAUCCCAAUCAUUGGGGGCUGCGCUCUUUCCGCCGCAACCGAGCUCAAUUUCAACAUGACUGGUUUCAUGGGAGCGAUGGUAUCGAAUAUGGCAUUCGUGUUCCGGAACAUAUUCUCAAAGAAAGGGAUGAAGGGGAAGUCAGUGAGUGGGAUGAAUUACUACGCUUGCCUUUCUUUGCUGUCUCUGCUGAUUCUCACGCCUUUCGCCAUUGCUGUGGAGGGGCCCAAGUUGUGGGCUGCAGGGUUUCAAAAGGCUCUCUCUCAAAUUGGUCCCAAUUUCAUAUGGUGGUUGGGAGCCCAAAGUAUGUUCUACCACUUGUACAAUCAAGUGUCGUACAUGUCUCUUGAUGAGAUAUCUCCAUUGACAUUCAGCGUAGGAAACACAAUGAAGAGAAUAUUUGUAAUAGUGUCGUCCAUUAUCAUCUUCCACACCCCUGUCCGACCCAUCAACGCCAUUGGAGCUGCCAUUGCAAUCCUCGGCACCUUCCUCUACUCCCAGGCAAAGCUGUGAGAUGAUGAUGUGGGGCUUCUAUCUUUUAAUGGGAGAUUUGGAAGUUGAAUGAGUGGGAGUAGUGGAAGAAGGCUGCUGAAGCUGAUUUUGCUUAUGCAUGUGUUCUUGUAGCCACGGGGAGGGAGGGGUUGUUGCUGGUGGUGGUUAAUAUAGAGAGAGAGAAGUAGAGAGCCAAUAAUUUAUAGUACAUACAGAUAGGAUGAGUUAUAGGCACAAAAUUGAUUAUUUAUUCUCAUUGUUUCAUUUCAGAAUUGUGUCACCAAUAUCUAUGUUUGAUACUCUCCGUCUCAAUUUUCUCCAUUACUCCCAAUCUAUAAAUAUAUAGCUCCA